GCCCAGACGCUGCCUGGUCGCCUAGCAAUGGCUCAGCCAAGCAACAAGAAGGCUCGGGGUAGCCGGGAGCUUCAAGCCAAGGAGUAUUUAGAAAAACAUCAGAUCAUGGAGUUGUUGAGCCAGCUUACCAGCUUCCUCGUCUUUGUCAGACCAAAAGACCCGAGAGAGUAUUUAAUCAUUCUUUUGGAACGGCUGAGACUCGCAAAGAGGACAGACCUGAUAUACCCGUACUUUAUGAACAACACUAACAUCCUGUCCAUGUUUGAGAUGAUGGACUCCUCCGGCAGAGGCUGUGUCUCGUUCAUGCAAUAUAAAGAAGCGUUAAAGAACCUGGGUCUGUGUACUGCAGAUGAAGUUUUGAAAGAUGAUGGACAUAUGAUAACUCUGGAGAAAUUCAGGGAUGAAGUGAACAAGAGGAUGGAGAAAAUAUGGUCAGCAUUUUAGUGGCUUCGUAACUCACGAGAAUAAACGAUUCUAC